GAAAAUCUUUUUUCUUCUCAAUCUCCACAAAGUAUUAUUUAUUUAUUCUUUUUUGGCAAUAAUGCGCAACGUAAAUUUGAUUAAUUCGCUCGUUCGCAAAUGCAUUUUUGACAAGCUCGUUAGUCCUCGGGCAACAAAUUUAGUGGAAUGGGCGGCCCAGUUGCGACUUUUGGGUGUAUGCAGCCAGUGGACCAGAGAGCUGCAAAGUCUGAUCUUCCAAGACGUAUUUCUGGAGUUUAGCGAGGUCGAUAUUAAGCCAGGUCGCGAGAACAACGCCGAAGCUGACCACGGUAACUCUCGCAGGCAAAUAGGGUUUAAAACCAAUGUGGAAUGCGUGGUUAGCCGUGGAAACUGUCACAGUAUUCGGGCCAUCCACAUCAGUUCCCAUUUCUACGUCCCGCCUCGGCGCUUUAUAAACGAUACUCUGUCUGCUCUUGACUUUGGCCACCUGGAGUGGCCUGAUGUGCGCAGCCUUAAUAUUGCAAAUUUGCGCAGUCAUUUUGAACCAGUCAGUUACGAGUUCAGCGAGAUGGCUUACGAUGAGCCCACUGAGUUGAAUUUCGGGGAAAUUAUUGCCAGACAAAUGCCCCGCAUUUCUGAGCUGCGACUUGAUCUCUAUGAGUCCCUCAGCUCGGACUUUGCCAGUACAAUAUUUGGUUUACUCGCACGCCAGUUAUGUGUAUUUGUGUGCUCCACGCAUCUGCGCCAAGGCCUUUCUGGAUCCUGCGACAAUCUCACUCACCUGGACAUACGGCUUGGGUUGUUAGCCAAUCAGCUGCCACUUCUUCGCUUCAGUGUGUCUUUGCUUCGGUUUCUCUCACUGCAUAAUGUGCCAAUGGACUUCUCAUUGAAAAGCCUUGUUGAUUUGAACGGCGAGCAGGCAGUAUUUUCCAGCCUUAAAACGCUGUAUUUAGCUUACAGCGCAGUUGGUGGUUCUGCUUUGGGUGACACAAUGGAUGAUAACAGCGUGGCACUGACCAAAGCGGUCCAGAACAUGCCUGGCCUUCCUGUCCUUGACACUCUACAUAUACUCGGGUGUCCACUAAACUGCGAGCUGCUGGCUGCUGACUUGGAAAACGUCAAAUCAUUCAAAAUCAGUGGUGAUAUUUCAAAUAUGCGUACAAGCCUUGGAUUGAAGCUGGGCCAGAUGCGGCAUCUUUCAAUUUCUUUGGCCGAUAUUGGUGACGCAGACGACCCCGAUAUUUACGGAAUUAUAAGCAACCUUCUCAGCAAAUCGGCCUCACUCGAGGAUGCUCAUCUUCAUUUUGACUGUUUGGUCGUGCCGCUGGGUGCCAGCAAGUCUAACUGGACUAAUUGGACUAGCCUUACAAAAUUGACCAUCAACGGUGCAGUAUGUGCAGUCACAAUUCUCGACUUGAUAGACUCUCUGCCUAACCUUCUCGAACUUGCAGUUGCGCUGAAUUAUAAUGCCGUGGAUCCGGAAGAAAUCAUGCUUGGUGAGAAAAUGUGGUUAAUGCGUGUUGAAUCAAGACCGCUUGAAUCCAAGCUGCAGGUGCUGGGCCUAACAGUCACUGGUUUUGAGCAGUCGCCUGAGCUCAACAAGCAUGUCCACACUUACUUGCUGACCAGCUUGCCGACAUUGCAAGUGAUGUACACUAACUGCGACCUGCAACUUUAUCUGGAGUCUUUAAUUGAGACAAAGAGCAGCCGGUAUCCGCACUUGUCCGACGUAAAGCUGUUCUUUGAAAGUUAUUUUUUUCAGCAUAAUUUUUAAAUACUUGUACUAUUUGUUAACUUUUUAUAUAAUAAAGCCGCU